CAUCAACACCAUCGCGUUUGUCUUAUGAUAUCUGAUAUACCCAACAUGGCGCAUCUUUUAAACCCCCUUGCGACAACAUCUCAGAUCUACCACAAAUCUUCAUUCUCAUCUUUGCCCAAGGAUCUCCAAGAUACAAUCUUUAUCACUUCACAAUGCCUGACACAAGCUGCUGGUCAGCUCCUAGAGCUUCCUCAGUCCGUCACUGCGCAGGCAAACGUCAUUCUGGCGCGGUAUUGGCUUGUCGACUCUCCAAUGGCCAAUGAGUUCAGUGACACAUCUGCUGCUGCUCUCUAUCUAGUCGCGAAGAUGGGACCUCAACCCCGGUCAUCGCGCGACAUAUCAAAUGUUUAUGCCUACCUCUUAUCAGAGAGCUCAUUGUUCUUACGGACCCCAGAAAGUCCAAAGAAUGACCCCAGGUCGUACUAUGUACCUGAAGCAGACUACCAUGCCUUCCAGACUCGCAUCCUUGCCAUUGAGGCUCGCAUUCUUUACACCCUCUCUUUCGACACACAUGUCUCGCUACCUCAUCCACUUGCAGUUACUUACCUUCAGACGCUCGAUUUUCUUGCGCAGCCUAAAUCUAUCAUCUCUCUACGCACAAUUCAGUAUCUGAAUGCAGCUCUUCUCUCACCUCAGAUGCUGUAUCUUACUCACCAGCCCCAUGCGCUAGCUACAGCUGCUAUAUACAACGCGGCUCGUGAUGUUGGUGCGAAGAUGCCAGAGUGUGAAUGGUGGGAGGUUUUCGAUGUCGAUCGAGAAGAGCUCGGGUUCCUUGUUGUCGGAAUGCGAAGCGUGGAAAACUACCUUCGCAAGAUCAAAGACGAUAUGCCGGAUCUAAGCGUGGGUAUGCCUACACGAAAGUCGAUAGAUAUCGAGCUGCAAAGGAGGGGCGUGGGAGGUGGGAAUGAUAAUGCCGAGGUUGAUGAAGAGCAACAACUCAUGGAUAUGAUGGACAGCAGAUGAUCGCGUGCCUUGGUCUUUUUGACUCUGUGCUCGGUAUCGAAAUCGGUCCUGAUGCAGCAACCUGGAAGCAGGCGCCACUGUUUCCCGUGUCGCAUGUCAGACAAGACACGGCCAAUGAGCUGGUGCAUGCAGUUGUGGUUCUGCAUAUUCCAGGUCGAUUUUUGAGAGCAUCAGGCCAUUAUCGCGAGUCUCACUGGCUACAGUCAGCCCGGCUGAACGGAAAUGACAACUGAGGUUCAAGUCAAUGAGUUAAUUGCUACGGUGUGGCAUAUCAAGAGCUGAAGGUGGUAUUCAAUAAGCCAUUUCCAAAAGUCUAGAACCAGCCACGAGGGAUCAACGAGAGAAGACGAAAUAAUGCAGGAAGAAAAAGAUAUGCGGGCGACAACAAUAUACCAGGCAUGUGUAUGCGUGACACUUUGCCAGCCGGGUUUCUGGCAAUUGCGUCUAGAAUACCAGCUCUAUCAAGUCAACGUACAUCCAAAGU